AUGAUAUCGGAGGUGCCAACUCUGGCAAUUGAUUUGGUGACGGUCUUUGAAAACACGAGUGUCUUGCACGAUGAGUACAUCGUCCACAGGCUAGGCCUGCUGCCUAUUGACAGCUCAAAUGUAGGAAACUUCGUCGCCAGAGACUUCAACUUGGAAGCAACAGCAGCAGAUGUUGACAGCUUAACUGUAACUCAUUUUGAUUUAGUACCCGAAAGGAUUCUGGGGGGCCCCCUGGGGGGCCCCCUGGGGGGCCCCCUGGGGGCCCCCGGCAGCCAGCAGGGGCCCCCCCUCCCGGUACCCUCCCCCAGCGACCUGCAGGCUGAAGGCUUCACCUCUGGUAUCCCGAUUGUGAAGCUACGGAGAAACCAAACCAUCAGCAUGUCUUGUCUUGCUACCAAGGGCAUUGGGAAGCUGCAUGCAAAGUGGAGUCCAGUGGCAGCAGCAACUUAUAAACUUCGUCCCCAAAUAAAACUCGACGCGGGCCUUUUGGAGACUGCAGCAGCAGACGCAAAGAGACAAAUGUAG